AUGAAGGUCUCCGCUUUUGUUCUUGCCGUCGUCGCCCAGGUGGCCUCGGCGCACUACUUCUUCGACACCAACAUCAUUAAUGGCAACUCACAGCCCUCAUUCAAGUACGUCCAAACCUUCACCCGCGCCACCAAGUACAACCCCAUCAAAUUCUCAUCCAACCCGGCGGCCGACAUUCGCGAUGGAUCUUUCGCCGAUGGCCCCGGACUGGUCUACAUGUCCCGCGCCCCUGGUGACAACGUGAAGGCCUACGACGGAUCUGGAGACUGGUUCAAGAUCUUCGAGGAAGGAGUCUGCACCUCUAGCAGCGACUUUACCAAGAAAGCUUGGUGCACUUGGGGCAGGAAUUGGAUCGCCGCCAAGGUUCCCAAAAAUACCCCGAACGGAGAGUAUCUCUUCCGCGCUGAGCAUAUUGGCGUUCACCGUUCGCAUAUCAACCAGCCCGAGCACUACGUGUCUUGCGUGCAGAUCAAGGUCGUCAACGGUGGCAACGGCUCGCCCGGCCCCCUCGUCAAGUUUCCGGGCACCUACAACGCCACCGACGCCUAUGCUGACUUCAGCAUCUACGGUGGCCACGAAACCUUCCCGUUCCCCGGCCCGGCUGUCUGGAACGGUGUUAGCGGCGGUAGUCGCAUACGUUGCUGA